AUGUUGAAGUUGCUUGUUUAUCUGUGUUUAUUUGGAUUGAGCCUAAACGCCGUGUCUGUUCUCAGUGCGGAGGACUACGAUUACGGCGAUUAUUAUGGUGAUGAAAGCAAAGAGAUUCCUUUUAUUGACCAAGAACCAGAAAAACCUACCAUACAUAAAGUCAAACCCUUAGAUGAGGAUGAAGGCAUUUUUAAUGACGUAAAACUCUUUAAAAAUAACAAUGAAUUUGAUAAUGAGGGACAGUAUGAUAGCAUUGGAGAUUAUCAAAUUGAAGAUAAUAGAUCAGAAGAAGAUAUGAAAGAUGUAGAUAAAAAUAUGAAAUUACCGUCUAAAUAUUCAGAACCAUUUAAUGAUUUAGCCGAACCACUAAAUAAAGAACAAAUUAAAUCAACAAAUGAAAAAGAUCAAUUGUAUAACGAUGGAUUUGAAGAUGUUAUAAAAAAUUAUCUGGAUAAUACUAAACAAGAAACAUCAAAUAAAGAUAUUUUAGAAGAAACUAAAUCUAUUUUAAAGGAAGAUAGUGAUAAUAAUAUUGCAGAUAUUCAAUUAGAGAAUCCAAAAGGUAAUAUAGAAAACAUAGUUGCGGAAACAACCAAGUUGUUAGAAGAAACUGAUAAUAAUUUUGAUGAAAAUAUAAAGCCAACAAAACAAGAUUCAGAGACAACAAAAACAUUACCAAAUACAACAAACAAAUCUUUUGAUGAUUUCAAAAAUGAUUUAUCUGAGUUGGAUGCCAUUCGAAGUAAUCUAAGAGAAGAUUUUGAUACAGAGUUGAAUGCAGACACUAACUUGGGAAAUGAUUUAAGUGAAGAAAAAGCCGAUGACCAGGACUAUCAAGAAAUAGGUGAUGACGAUUUAGACAGAAUAUUUUCUGAAGAAACAGAGGAAAAGUUAUAUGACGAUGAACCAUCAAGAGAUGAUUAUCCAGAAGGUCAACAAGAUAAACAAAUUUAUUACUCAAAUGAUGCUUUAUCUGCCCUUGAUUCUACACCACCUGAAACUACAACCUCCGAAGUUACUGAGAGAGAAAUAACUGACACGAGAAAUGUAGAUUCUUCUUUAUCCACUCAGCUUAAUGCAGCAACAAUUUCAUAUGCUGAAACAGAACCAAUAACUACUCAAUCAGUUGACCCUACUAAAGUCCCAAAUUUUAAAGAAAAUAAAUCUGAAAUGCCAGAAUUUAAUGAACUAGAUUCCGAUGACCAAAAUAAAUUUAAUGAAAAGUAUCAAGCUGAACGCGCAGCUCAUUCGGAAGCCACGAACACGGUUCAAAUACAUUUAACUGUCAAGGAUAAUACAAUAGUGUCUUCUCCGAAUUACCCAAACCUCUACCCAACCAACCAAAUCACUGAUUACGUGAUCACAGGAGAAGGACAAGGGAUAGAAAUGAACAUAACUGAUUUUGCUGUUAACAGCUUUGUAGGAGACUAUGUACUUAUUAUACCAGGUGAAACUGAAGAAAAAGGUUCCGACGGCAUCCUGAUUAGUUACUCGUUACGAAAGGAACGUCGUUUCCAGUUCACUGACGUAGACAGGAUGUUUAUACGUUUCGAAGCAAAAGCCGGGAUGCAGUUUCAACGGGGUUUCAAUAUAAGUCUCCGGAAUAUUAUGUCUCGACCAGACAUAGUAAAACUUCCGGACCCUGAAGAAGACAAAAUCUACUUCACAUCUAACGCGACUAUCACUGUGAAUCUUGGAGGAGUCAGCAUGAACGGUUUUAUCUCAAAAGAAGAGGACUUUAGAAGAAUUAUUGCCGAUAUGGCUACACUAUACAUCAACACUAAAGGAAUCGACUCUGGACUUAACACGACGUAA